AAAUAUUGAGUGUUGCUGUGGUACAUCUGGAAUAGUGCUUCUAGUAUCUACAGCGGGAUCUCUGCAAUAGUUGUGACCACUUCAACUCAUGAGUACUCAUUUUUAAAGGGAAAUUUACCACACCCUUUGCUUUCUAUCUAUCUGAACAUGCUGCUCAUCCUGCUCGGAGUGCUCAUCUUGCACCUCAUCAUCCUGGUCCUACUGUUUGUGUCAACAAUUGCCAAUGCCUGGACUGUAGGAGGAACCAAGAGUAGUUACCUGUGGUUCAGCUGUCUCACUACUAACGGAGGAUAUCACUGCAUUCCUGCCAGCAAUGAAGACUGGAUCCAGGCGGUUCAGGCCCUCAUGGUUCUCUCAGUGUUGUUCUGCCUCUUCUCGCUCGUCUUCUUCAUGUGUCAGCUCUUCACCCUGGUCAAAGGAGGACGCUUCUUCUUCACCGCCAUCUUCCAGAUCCUCGCCAGUCUGUUUGUGAUGUGUGGAGCAAUAAUCUACACAGUGAUGUCUCCGGAUGGGGAGGUGGAUGCUGCGUUGGGCUUUGCCUACGUCCUGGCCUGGGUGUCCUUCCCUCUGUGUCUGGUCAGUGGUCUCAUCUACAUGGUACUGAGGAAGAGGGAAUGAGAGAGGGAGGGAGGCUGAGGUUAAGGCCUCACACCAUCACCAACAGAACACAGCACUGUGCCCCAGGUUUGGGAUCAAUUCCAUUUGAAUUCCAGUCAAUUCAGGAAGUACACUGACAUUCCAAUUCUCUUCAAUGCUUCUUAAUGAGGUUUACU